CAAAAGUUGAGAGUUGAGACUUCGCUUUCACUUUUCACGAAUAGCCGUCACCACCCCCGUACCUACUCACCCGACACGAAUGCAGAGUCUCCCUUCUCUGUAAUUUCCGCCGAUCGAUCCUUCGAGGAAUUCGCAGGAGCUUUGAGAUCGUUGAAGCUCUUUUCCAAGGACUAGGGUUCCGGCCGGAGAAAAGGAGGUGUCUUUUUUUUUGACUAAUUGCGUCUUCAUCCUUUUUUUUUUUUUUUUUUUUCUUUUUCUUUUUGUGGAUUUGAUGGCUUCGGAGGAUGUGAAGACGAGUGAAUCAGCGGUUUCGACGAUUGUUAAUUUGGCCGCCGAGGAAGCCAAACUCGCCAGACAGGGCGUCAAGGCCCCUAGCUAUGCCGUUUUAACCAUCUGCAAGUCUCUUGUGGCUGGAGGUGUCGCUGGUGGAGUGUCCCGAACUGCGGUUGCCCCAUUGGAACGAUUAAAAAUAUUAUUGCAAGUCCAGAAUCCUCAUAAUAUAAAGUACAAUGGAACAAUUCAAGGCUUGAAGUAUAUUUGGAGAACUGAAGGUUUACGUGGACUAUUCAAAGGCAAUGGCACUAAUUGUGCUCGCAUUGUUCCAAAUUCAGCGGUCAAGUUCUUCAGCUAUGAGCAAGCUUCCAAGGGAAUAUUGUAUCUGUAUCGACAGCAGACUGGCAAUGAAGAUGCUCAACUUACCCCAGUUUUACGCCUUGGAGCUGGAGCAUGUGCUGGGAUAAUUGCCAUGUCUGCAACAUACCCAAUGGACAUGGUACGGGGGAGGCUCACUGUACAGACAGAGAAAUCUCCUUAUCAGUACAGAGGAAUGUUCCAUGCUCUGUCAACCGUGCUGAGGGAAGAAGGUCCACGGGCAUUGUACAAGGGCUGGGUUCCAUCUGUCAUCGGAGUUAUACCAUAUGUGGGUCUCAACUUUGCUGUUUAUGAAUCUCUAAAAGAUUGGUUAAUUAAAACUAAACCAUUUGGACUUGUUGAAGAUAAUGAGUUGGGCGUGACAACAAGGCUGGCUUGUGGGGCUGCUGCCGGAACAGUUGGUCAAACUGUCGCUUACCCUCUUGAUGUCAUUCGCCGAAGAAUGCAGAUGGUAGGAUGGAGUAAUGCUGCCUCAGUUGUGACUGGUGAUGGGAUGAGUAAGGCUCCUCUUGAGUAUAGUGGCAUGAUUGAUGCAUUCAGGAAAACUGUUCGGUAUGAGGGAUUUGGAGCAUUGUACAAGGGUUUGGUCCCCAACUCUGUGAAGGUUGUGCCAUCAAUAGCAAUUGCAUUUGUGACAUACGAGAUGGUGAAGGACAUCUUAGGAGUUGAAAUUAAAAUAUCAGAUUGAAGCAGUGGGAGCUCAUCUUCAUUUGAAUUUGUUGGACAACAAGUGUGCUAUUUUUGUAGCCAAGUGGACUGAGAAAAGGUAGCAUAGUGGUGUUUUUUCUUUCUUCCCAUUUUGUCCUUCCAAGGAUGAGUUUAGGAACAUGUUUGAAUUUGUGUCAAUAAAUAUUCCCUAUGUUUACUAGUGAAAACACAGCAGCUUUUAUCCUCAUUCAUGAGCUCUGUCAAAUAAGUAUGAGAAAACAAUGCAAGAAACAAUUUGCCAUCCCCCUACGUAAAAAUAGAGAAAAGUUCCCUUCUUACUCUGCAAUAUUUAUUUGGAUCUCUUUUAUUACUCUUAUUUUCCCAAUUAACCUUUUUGUAUGCC